AUGCCGGGAUAUGAAAGAGACAGCGAUCAAAGAAAAUAUAGAGAAGACGAAACGAUUCUGCAAUUUGCAUGUGCCUUUGCGGUGCUGCUUGGGACACAGGCAUGCUUAAGCCCACAGGACGAAAACUGUGGCUGUAUUGUGUCAGAUAUGACUUCAAUAGACCCUGAUGACUACAUAUUUGAGAAUCUACACACCGUAGAUUAUCAAAAUUUCUUACAAAGAAUGAAGGAAGCACUACAUGAAUAUUGGGUGGCAAACACAUUCAUAUACACCUUCCCAGAGAACAUCGAACCGCUAGCAGAAACUGGCAAUCCAGUAUGUCCCACCGAACAAAAACAUAUUUUUGGAUACUUCAAAAACGACGGGCUGACAUUGUGCUUGGUUGUCAAACCGCACAUACAAAAUAUAAAAAAAAUUCUGUUUGAGGAGCCUGUCUGUGGCAUGCACACUCGAUGUGUUCCCAGUGGCUUAGUUAACAGGAAGUACCUUGUCUAUUGUGACGCACUCUAUACUGACGAAGACGGUUGUCUUAUUGGAACAAAGGAACUUAGUGACACAAAACCGGACAGCCUCGAUGAAGAUGGUUUCAUAGACACUUCUCAACCAGAUCUACAACCCGGAAAUAGGAAAAAACGUAGCUGGAACAAAUGUCCAGAAAAUAAAUCGUAUUUUGCAUAUCGACACGAUUUCCUUCCGACAACUUGUUCUGCAAGAAAAUGUAAUUGUGGCUAA